AUGGCUGACGAGAGCCUUCGCGAUGCCCUCUCCCAAUCCCCUACGGAGGCGGAUGCGAACCAUGACACGCAAAGUAGGCCAUCGGCCGUGAAGAAAAAGGUUGUGAGGCGAGAUCCUGCAAAGAGACGGUUGCAGAAUCGUCUAGCGCAAAAGACAUACAGGGAAAAGCAGAGGAAACGCAUCCAGGAACUGGAGCGUCGUGCCGGAGAACCGGGCUUCGAGGCACAUGCAGGUCCUCUUCCCGGGCCCAGUGAUACCCAAAUGGUAGUUAGGGCCGCUGCAGAGCCGACGACGAAUGCAGGAACCCUCAAUGCUGAGACUGUCAACCCCUCGCAGCUCCAGGCUGGCAGUGGGACCUCAACCUCACAGUCAACAGAAGAUAUCUGGGGCCAAGAUCUUCUCUCAGCCACUCUUGAUCAAUGGCUCAGCGAAAACCCCAUAGGAGUUGACGAGAACCAGUAUUCCAUGGUAUACUUCAACUGCGGAUGCCCUAUCCUUCACAUCCCUAAUCACUCAUCCCACAUCCUCCUCCCUGUCAUCCCAGACCCCUACAUGAACACGUUACGCAUCGACAUCAUCUGUGUCGUCAGUGCCAUGCUGCAAAACUGUCUCCAGCUUGGCAUCACACACGCCAUGUACUGCUCCGACGACGCCAUAUCGCCCUUUUACAGGCCUCACACCGACGCGGAGCCUGGCGAAGGCGCCGUGGUUUCAGCGGUGCAGCGUGGAUUUCGUGCUCUGCAUUUUGACCUAAGACCCACGCACAAGCAGAUCGUGAUAGAGCACCAUCCGUUUCUCGACGUGAUCCCGUUCAAAGAGAUCAGGGACAACAUCAUUGAUAACAUGGACACCAUGGACGAGGAUGAGUUCUUCCACGAUUCGUUGAAUCACCUGACGUGUUGGGGGAGUAUUGCAGGGGCGCAUACUGGAUCUCCGUGGGAUGCUCGAAGCUGGGAAGCGACCGAGAUGUUCUUGCAGAAGUGGUCGCACAUUGUGGGAGGCGAAGACGGCGAGUUGACGAGGAAUUCGCGGUGGUGGAGGUCUCUCAGGGGUGAGAGGGUGGUGACCGAGGUCAUGUAA